AUGCCUAUCAAAACUGUGCCGGAGGGUGUCUAUAAACUUAGCAAAGAGAAACGUGAUGAUAUUGAAAUAUUUUCCGUCAAAUUGACAGACUCUGCUCUGAAGACUCUCGAAACCAUCUCUCCCAAGCAGAACUUGUACAUCCCGGGGAAGCAAGCCUGUAUUUCCUACGAGUUGAGUAUUUCUCCUCUUCAUCAGACUUCUGAUGGAACCCUAGAUGUUAUCCAAUUCUUAGGGCCACGUGCAAUUAACUUGGGAAGGGCAGUUUCAAAGCUAACAGUUCAGGCGAAUGCUGACAGCUUUUCUACCGCGAAAUUAAGAAUGGCCGAAGCUGAGGAUCACAGGAAAACUCAUUCAAAGUCCACAGUUGUUUCACACGUAAAGCGUUCCUGUAUGCGCGAGGGAAGUUUGAAUCCACGUUCCGUCCCAACUCCACCCAGCUCUCGCAAUCCUGAUUCGAGAAUCUCACCUUCAUCCGCUGCUCGAAGCUGUAGUCCAUCAGUGGUUAAUGCGUACAAUAGUCCUGCUACGACCAACAUUGAAGUGGGGGCGCGUUCAUUGCGGGACCGCAUCAUCCAUUUGCUUGCCGUACAGCCAUAUCAGCGGGCAGAACUUCUCUUGAGGUUAAAAAGGGAUGGACUAACUGAAGAACAGAAAGAUAACGUUGAUAGCAUUCUGAGCAAGGUGGGGCGGUCCGGGAGGCAGGGUGAAUACCGCCUUUCCACAGCGUUUAUUAAUUUGGUCGAACCGAAUUGGCCUGCGUAUUCUCCAUCGGAACGAUGUAUUGUUGCAUCUCUUAAAGCAAGUCGUUCUGUUUUUAUUGGAUUUGGACAUGUAUACAUAUCCAAGCACUAUGUUGUGGCGAUUGUGACGCGCUUUCAGGCUAAGUUGUCUACGAAUUCUCCGAGUGGCACGAACAAUCGCUCUUCCGUAGAGGGGAGCGUGGCUUCCCGUGUGACGCCGAGCAGUCGACAGAACUCGCCCAUCGUAGCACCACCAGCGGUAGCGUCGAUGGAGGACUUUGGACGGAAGCCGACGCGUGCCAGCGCUCCUUCGGCACCGCAUGCACUUAGCAAGAAGAUUGCUGCGCUGGAUCUUCUCGCGUCAGGAAUCUCCUUGGCUUCCGUUGCUGCUCAGCACGGAAUCACCCCGACGUUGCUGGAGAGCUGGAAGAACAACGAGACAACCUUGCGACUGAGAUAUUCCCAGCGCCGUGGUUGUACGAUGCCCCAGUCCACUGCUGCACCACUUUCCUCGACCCAAGACGCGUCUAAAAAUGCUACAUAUUCUGGUUUCGUUGCCAAAAACAGUGCCAACACGUCAAAACCCAGUGCCCCGAAACGUGCCCGACUCUCAUCUGAUGAAAGUGGCGUCCACUCGUGCGGUUCCACAUCCUCAAUCUCAGGAAAUUGUCCUUCUUUUCAAUCCAUGUCUUUCUCUACGAAUCGCCACUCUGGGGCAACUACUGCUGCUGCUAUCCCUCCUCCUGUCAAGCCCCCAUCAAAUUCUCUCAAAGAUCCCUCUCCAGUGAGCCUUGGGAAGCACUCCCCCUCGAUUCGGAAACGACCCUUUGAUGCUCUCCUCUGUGGUGGUCGUGAUGCUGGUGACAGCGUCACAAGCGGUGGCCACUCGAGACGAACUGACUCUCUUCCCCCGCGCCCCGUCGAUGAUCGUCCAAAUGGAUCUCAACAGCAUCAUCCGUGUGACCGAGGCAGCGAGACCAGUAGCUGCGGCGACAGCUGUAGCCCUCCUGCAGAGGCGACUCCGCUGUCGCAGUUAUAUGCUCGCUUACCAGUGAUUGAUUCUAAGUCGGGUAUGAUUCUUUUAGAUAAGGGACAGCGACCCUAUCCGUGCAACGAGGAGAAAACCUCUGACCUCUCUGAUGAAGACUAUCUCUAUGAUAGCGUUUCUUCCAAAAAUGCCGAAAUUGAAAGACUGUAUCCGGCGAUUUCCAAUGCUAGUCAGGCAGCAGCUUACCGCGAAGCCUUUGAGUCACUAUACCCCAAAUACCUGCGCCUUUAUGAGCACUUUCGUGUUGCUUGGGACAAGGUCAUAAAUCUUAAGGAGCGGAUACUGGCUCUCGCCGGUGGUCCACACGUGGCGCAAAUGACUCGAUUGGCGACAGAAUUAGACGAAUUUCUUAAUCGCAUGCGAAAACCUGAAAGGCGUGAUGAUGAAGUACGUCUUCUGGUGAUGACUUUUAAGCUACAACAUCUGAAACAACGUCUAGCGACAUUCGCGUCUCAGAAAGAUGCCUCUGGGACUCCCUCUUUUCGGAGUUCUGAUGCACACCUUAGAAAACCUCAAAAUCACAAGGAAUUCCUUCGGGCCGGUGCGUCCGAUUGA